AUGGGCACAGGCAGGUUUGACAUCUACAGGAAGGUGCCAAAAGACCUUACACAGCCAACCUACACAGGGGCUAUUAUCUCUGUCUGCUGCUGUCUCUUCAUACUGUUUCUCUUCCUGUCUGAGCUCACCGGAUUCAUAGCCACUGAAAUAGUUAAUGAGCUCUAUGUGGAUGACCCUGACAAAGACAGUGGAGGUAAAAUAGAAGUGAACCUGAACAUCAGUUUGCCAAACCUGCAUUGUGAAUUAGUUGGAUUAGACAUCCAAGAUGAAAUGGGAAGGCACGAAGUGGGUCAUAUUGACAACUCAAUGAAGAUACCUCUCAAUAAUGGAGAUGGCUGCAGGUUUGAGGGCCAUUUCAGCAUCAACAAGGUCCCUGGUAACUUUCAUGUAUCAACGCACAGUGCCACUGCGCAGCCGCAGAAUCCUGACAUGACUCAUGUCAUCCACAAGCUCUCAUUUGGGGACAAGUUACAGGUCCAUAACGUUCAUGGAGCAUUCAAUGCCUUGGAGGGAGCAGACAAACUCAGCUCAAAUCCUCUUGCAUCUCACGAUUACAUACUGAAGAUUGUCCCGACCGUGUACGAAGACAUGAGCGGCAAGCAGCGAUACUCCUACCAAUACACUGUAGCAAAUAAGGAGUAUGUAGCCUACAGCCACACGGGCCGCAUCAUCCCAGCCAUCUGGUUUCGUUAUGAUUUGAGCCCCAUCACAGUGAAAUACACAGAGAGGCGACAGCCUUUGUACAGGUUUAUCACGUCGAUAUGUGCCAUCAUUGGAGGAACAUUUACUGUAGCUGGGAUCCUUGACUCCUGCAUUUUCACAGCAUCAGAGGCCUGGAAGAAGAUCCAGCUGGGGAAAAUGCAGUAGCAGUGAAACUCUACCCUAGUCUCCAAGGACAGGAGCAAAGAUUGAGAAAUCUACCACUACCUGUUUUUGUCUUUAUUUUCUAUUUGAUUGAAUCAGUAAGUUUUUCUCUAAUCAGGCUGUUCUCAGUGAAGAUGUCUUCAACAAAUCAAAGAAAUCUCCAUGCAUUUCAGAGCUCUGAGAGUGAAAAUUCAGUGGAAGUAGGGCAUGGAUUUCAAUUCUCUCCCCCCAGAAAGAGAGGUUGGAAUUCCAUCUAUGAAAUACACUGUCAGGUCUAAGUAAGGAUGACAGUCUGUUCUCUUGAAAGGUUCCUAUGGCAGUACACAAACUAGGUAGUAGAUUGCAAAGAGUUGAGCUGUAUUGUGGCACUUUUUUUGGAAUUCUGUUGUAUUUGCAUGAUUAGACAAUCGACUUUUGUAUAAGGCAAAAAUUAUACAUUAGGAAGAAAUUCCACCUGUGGUGCCAAAAAGGUGAUAUAUCUGUUGGGGAGGAAUGGAAAGUGUUAGUCCCCGUAGCAAACUUGAGAGACAGAAGGCAGAAAUAACAUCAAUAACUAUUUUGUGCUUGUAUUGAAAGUUCUUUUGUUCAGAUAUGACCUUUCUAAUGAAAUAAGCAAACAAGAAGAGAAAGCCUUC